UAAUGGGCAAUUGGUUUAGUAAGAAUGAUAAGCAAAACAAAAAAUAAUAAUAAUAAUAAUAAUAAAAGUAGUAAUCCUCUUAUCCAACAAAAUCAUAAUUCCCAUCUCAAAAAAAAGAAUUAAGUGAAGGAGAAAAAAUGAGAAUGAAAUUACAACAUCAUAGAGAUGAAUUAAGAAACAAAAGAAAGUAGAUUGAUUUAUAAUUAGAUACUUAUGAAAAAGAAAUAAGGGUAUAAUCAAUUUUAUAUUAAUAGAUGUUAAUCUAAAGUAAUAAAAGAGAUUAGGCUAAGUUUGUAUUAUAAAGAAAGUUGUUGUAUGACAAGUUUCUUGAUAAUAUUAUGGAAAAAGAAUAAAUUAUAGAAAAGUCUAUCAUCUCUGUUGAUUAAAUGCAAUCUGUAAAAUUGAUUAUAAUCAUUAGGAUAAAGAAAUGGCAGAUAUUAUUAAUUAGACAAAUUAAGUUAUGAAAGAUAUAUAAUCUUCAAUUGAUUAAGAUAAAUUAAGAGAUGCUUUUGCAGAUAUGUAAGAAUAACAAUAGAGAAAUGAGGAAAUGAAUUAAAUGUAUUAAUAAUAUAAGGUUGGUGAUGAAGAUGAGAUUAAUGAAUUAUAUGGAAAGUAUGAAUAAUAAGUAUGUAAUAAUACUUAACCAAAAUAAUAAUAAAAAUAAUAAUUUGUUCCAUUACCAUAAUAAUAGUAAUAAUAAUAAUAAUAAUAAUAAUAAUAAUAAUAAUAAGAAUAAAAUGAAUAUUCAGAUAAAUUAGCAAUGUUAGAAUGA